AUGGCGACGCCUCGGCCUGCCGCUCAACCGGUCGGUGAAGGCCGGAACGGCCCCGGCCAGGCGAUGUUUGCACCCGCCUUUGCUCCUGCUCCUGAUCCUGGACCUCAAGUCAGGCCUAUGAGCCUCAAGGUCCACUACACUUUCGACAAGGAAGCCAAAGUCAACUGCCUGGCCAGACACUCGCACACCUUGCACGUACAGACGAUUCCCAUCGACGAGACGAAUACCAUCGGCGUCAUCGACUUGCGAGCAUGUCUCCACGCUGUCAUGGAAUGCAGCCCGGAACUUGCUACUCAGGACGGCGACUACACCAUCUACGCCGUCGACUACUCCGAGCUCGAGACCCCCUUGGUCGGUCAGGGAAUGCUCUCCUGGGCCCUCGGCUCGAUGCGCAACGACGCCAUGCCCCAGCCGCCCAAGCUCGUCACCGGGCGCGUUGCCAAGAAUCUACUUGCCGUCUUCGGUGGAGGCAACAAGGAGACGCUCGAGGUCAAGCUCAAGUUUUCAGAAUCCGCCAAAGUUCACCGCCAUGCCCGCCACGGCAGUGCAGACUUCCAACCGACCCGACCCGUCGACCGACUCCCGGAGCAACAAUUUGCGGAUCGACCCGUGGAAUCAGCCAUGACACCUACCGGCGCGUCAGAAUGGAAUUCCUUCAUGCAAGCCAACCCCCAGAUCGGCCACGGCGGUCCAGUCUCGCGCGUGGCCUCACCCGCCCUGUCCCAAGGCCCCGCCCCGGCGCCCAGCAGCUUGCAACCAUUUGGCCAGCAUGCCCUUCAGCAGAGCAUGCCUCACGUGAUCCAGGAGGUUCAUCGAGUGGCUCCCACUCCAGUAGUCGAGCCGGCUGAACAGCCCAGAGGCUCCGCCGCCCCCUCGAGGCCUUCCAGCCGAGCCUCGAGUCGGGCUCCUCGGAAAAGACAACCAACUGGUCGGCCGCGUGGCAGGCCUCGCAAGAAGCCGGCGGAUGGGAACACGUCGGGAUAUGAAGAAGCCACCGAGGGCGAAGAAGGGCCUGCUCGGAAGAGGGCAACGACAACCAAGGCAGACAAGUCGGCCUCCAAUCCCUUUGCUGCUGGGCCCGAGUCCCUCCGAGUCGCCGCCAGCACAUCCGGCUCUCUGCGAAACUUCCGCCCUGUGGCGGCCAGCAACGAAGGUGUAUCGGGCAGCCACCUUCAGGAAAUUCCUCGGGCUCCCACGCCUAUUCCUGAGGGAGCUCCAUUCGCCAAUCUGCCCGGGCGGGGCUCAAACCAAUCCAAGCUGCGGCAGGUGUCCGCUCUAGGCCAGCAUCAUCAAGGAGUGGCCGCUUAUUCCGAUCCGAGGCUGCAACCCUUGUCUCCGGGUCAAGAGGACGGCCGCUCCCCCGAAUCCCAGGCCCCGACGCCCACCUACUCCGAGGACAGCAUGGCAUCAUCUCCACCCGUGCAACGCACGACGCCUUUUAUGUCUAGUCCGCCGCCCUCGAGCCCCGUCUUGCCGCCGAUGCCGUCCACUGAGCUGCCCCAUCACGAAUCCAGCUUUGCUAACGAUGAGAUGGACGACCUCUUUGGUGAAGAGUCACUCCACCCUGAUCCUGGCGAGGCCAUGCCACCCCGCACCCACCCGGGCAAAUCAACCGACUCGAGGCCCAUGACAAAGGGCGUGCCGAUUCAGGUUUUCCAGAUGCAAGACGGCCCAAUGGGUCAAGACAUGGUUCACAUUUGCAGUUACAACGGCGCUCCUCAUCCGUCGUCAGCGCCGCCGCCGAGGAGGGCACCAGCCGCAAAGAAGUCUCGGGCCGCUCCGGUUCCCCCCCCUGCGAUGGAGCCAACUCCGCCACCAACAACCGAUGCCGUGGAGAAGCGCCCAAGUCCUGCCCGCGCUCCCGAGCCUAUGCAGGGCGUCGAACAGUCGGAAGAGCCGAGCAACUCUCCUCCCAAGACUUGUUCCGACACGCCAACGACCAACGAGAUGCCUUUGCAGCAGCAAGAUCUGUCGUCGACAAAGCUGCCCAAGAGGAAGGUGCCCCAGAGCUCAAAGGUAAAGGACCAGAUGUCUUACCAAGAGCAGCCCAAGGCACCCACGCCGCCCAUGGACGCUCCCCCACCGGCCUCCUCGCCACCUCCGGCGAGAUCGAACAAGAACAGAGUCAAGAAACAUGCAAUCAAGCAGCGGCUAGAGGAGGCUAUCAUGAAUGGAGAAAUGCCCCCAUUCUGCAGCAACUGCGGAGCCAUCGAAACGCCCACUUGGCGCAAAAUCUGGGUUCAGGAGCAUGAAGGCACACCUCAGUACUGCGAGUACUCGGAGAAGCCUGGCAAGGUGACGGCCAUUGAGAUUAUCAAGCGCGACGCGGAUGACAAGCCGACCUCGUACCGCCUCAUCAAGAAGAGUUUGGGGCCGGGCGAUGACAAGGACGCCUGGCAGGAGUUGCUCCUCUGCAACCCGUGUGGGAUUUGGCUCACAAAGUGCAAAUGCCAUCGGCCCCCGGAUCGCUGGGACAAGGACUUCUCGCGCAUCGGUCAGGAGCGACGAAGAAAGGGCACAGGAGGGGGUAGUAGCCGUUCUAGGAAGCCGCGUUCGAAGAGCGAUGCUCGAAUCAAUCCGACUUCGGACGCGUAUCUGCUGACGGACGCUCUCGGACCAGAGGAGCAGUCGUCGCCCAAGGCAGCCGAUGGCGGACGCUCACACGCGGAUACGACGGGACCGCUCGGCACGCAAUUUCAGGCAGGCGAGACGUGCGUGCCAUCUGCCGAUGCGAGCGGCAGCGGCGGAGAUGAUGAAACGCGCUCCAACCCAGGGUCGACGCAUUCCCGCGGCAGUGGCACAGCACAGAGCCCUGUGGAGCUGGAAUUUGACAAUGCGGUAGGCAGCACCAGGAGACUGCUAUUUCCAUCACCGCGAAAGGAUGGGGCUCUCAAGGUCCUGGGGGAGGUGGCCGUGAACACGGUUCAGACUUCUGAUGAUUUCCAGCAGCUGAAGCGACUCGCCGCCGACAAGGAGAACAUUAUCAUGGAAGACGGGGACGAAGCAUCAAGCGAGUGUCGUCGAAUGGAGGCUCUCCUCAAGGGACCAAUGGCCGCGCGGCCCUCGACGCCGCCUCCCAACUCCAUGGCGCUCGUUCUCUCGAGUCCAUUCAAGACGCCAACGCGCACUACACCGAGCCACAGGCCGAUCACUAGGAGUGUUUCCCGGUCGUUGCGCUCCAACAGAUUAAUUGCCUCUCCCAGCCAGGUCCUGCUGCAGCAGACGCCGACAAAGACGCCGCGUCUCGGGCUUGGGCUCUCGGGCAGCGCAAGCCGCAGACGCAGUCCGCGCAAUCACCAAGGGGGCUUUGAGAUGUUCGACACGCCGAUCAGUCGGUCCAUCAGCCAGGCCUUUUCGGACACCAACCACUUUGGGCUCGUGGAUGAUUUGGACCUCGGCAGCUUGCCUGGGCUGGACCCGACGAAUGGCGCCCUGAUCGAAUUUGGAAACAUGCUCAGCACUGAUGCACUGAUGCCCAGCUCGCCGCCGCGGGACGGUUCCAUUGCUUUCGACUACCGAGGCUCGGCCAGCAUCUGGGCUCAGUGGACGAUGGACCACUCGGGCAGCAUGCAAUUGGACGAGGAACAGCAAGAGGACUGA